UGGCAAAGUUAACGAAAGAGAAGAGUUUUUACUUUUUCAUUUUGUUUAGAUUGAGAUGCUGUAAGUCAUGCCAGUAGACAUGGAGCAUAUCCAAAAAGCCAUACGAGAGGACCUGCAGAAGAACAGACAAUAUGUAAAAACCAUGGAGGAUUUUUCACAGGUGAAAACCAAUGAGAAGCGAGUGCAUUUUGUUCUGUCCUUACCAGCUGUUCAGAAACAUAUACGUCUCGAAGAAUAUGAUAAUAGCAAAAAUUCAGAAGAGGCUUGUCAACUCAGGACUCAAGGAAACCAAUUCUUUCAGAAGAAAAAUUAUGUCAAGUCUUUAAAAUUGUAUACAGCAAGUGUAUUGAAGGCCCCAGUGACAAAUAUGAAUUGUUUUGACCAAUCAAAUUCUAAUACAGAAAGCAAUGACCUAGAACUAGCCAAUGCUUUUGCAAACAGAUCAGCAGUCUUGUUCCAUCUUGACAACUACGAUGCUUGUUUGCAAAAUGCAGAACUUGCUUUCCGUUGUGGAUACCCCAAAGUAAAUCAUUACAAGCUUCAUGAGCGACAAGGAAAGUGUCAUCGAAAAUUGAACAACUUUACCAAGGCAAAGCAGUCAUUUGAAUCAGCUGUAAGGUCAUUAGAGUUUUCCACUCUUGAUGAGAAGAAGAGGGAGCAUUUUACUCAGAACUUGCAAAGUUUGAUUAAAGAGGUGAAAAGUGUAGACUAUGAUGUGGAUUUGGAGAAAGAGCUAGAAGAUGGCAGUAGGAAAUCAAUCCAUUGUCAUUUGGAUGUGCCUCAAAUUGAUAAAAGGGCAAGAAAUCCUGUGUUCAUGUCAGCUAGUUCUAAAGUUGCCUUACGAGAAAGUGCUGAAAUGGGACGAGGGCUGAUGGCAUCCACUGAUAUUAAAGUUGGAGAAAUUAUAGCAGUGGAGAAACCUUUCGCAUCUGUAAAUCUCUCGGAGAGAGAACAAGAAUACUGUAGUCACUGCAGUACAAGAGUCGAGUGCCCCGUGCCUUGUCAACAGUGCUGUGAUGUUGCUUUUUGUUCUCUUCAAUGUCAGGAGGAAGCAUGGUCAGACUAUCACAGAAUAGAAUGUAAAAUUAUAAGACAUGUUCAGAGUAUGAAAUCGAAGCUUGGACAUCUAGCACUUCGAAUGGUGAUGAAAGCAGGGUUUUCAUAUCUGAUGCAAGAACGAAGUAACUUUUGCAGUGGUGAUGUGUCAGAGGUCUUAGGGUACAAUAAAGAUGGCUGUUAUGACUCUGAGGAUUAUUAUGCUUUGUACACUCUGGUGAACCAUGGGGACAAAAGGACACCUGAGGACUUAUUCAACAAAGCAGUUCAGACAGUGUAUUUAUUGAAGUGUCUUGAGUUAACUCCCUUCUUUAAGAAUUGCCCUUCAGAGCAGGAGGAAGAUGCAAGGUGUUAUGUAGGAGGACACAUUUUGAGACAGAUACAGAUGUUGCCCUGUAAUGCCCAUGAAAUUUCAGAAAUUCACUGGAAGCCAGGGGACCCCACUGUUACAAAUACAGUGGAGGUAGGAUCUGGAGCCUAUGCUCUUCUCAGCCUCAUCAACCAUUCGUGUGAUCCUUCAGUGGUUAGACACAAUUAUGGCAAUGUCUGUGUUGUCAGAGCAAUAAAGCCCAUUCAAAAAGGGGAGGAAAUCCUUGAUAAUUAUGGAGCAAUUUAUCCCUUGACCACCAGGGCUGAACGACGGUCAAAACUAAGACCACAGUAUUACUUUGAUUGCAAUUGUGAUGCUUGUCAAUUGGAUCUUCCUCUAUACUUUGAUAUUCCUGAUGACACCCCUGUGUUCAAAUGUGAAGAGUGCUCUGGGCCAGUUUUCAUUUUGCCUAACAAACAUCUCUCAGACUCUGAGUGUUCAAGCUGCCACAGAAAGCAAGACUUGACUCAAACUGUGAAGGAAUUACAGGAAUCAACCAACCAAUAUCACGUUGCAUUGGAGCAGGUGCUUGCAGGAAUUGACAUGACAGUUGCAUUAACGAUGUUAUUGAAUCACCUUGAAUUCCUGACGACUCACAUUUCUCUGCCAUGGAGAGACAUCAAUAAUUGUCAAGAAGCAAUAAAGCAAUGCUUUGCCACACAAGCUAAUUCUUAUAUCCUACCUUGAGUGAACAUUUGCAUGACAAUAUUUUAUGAUGAAUGUUAAAGUGGACAUUUUCUCAAUACUCUGUCUGGAUGUUCUACGUUUAGGCAUUGAUUUUUUCCUCUCAUAUGCAUUGUUAACAUCCCAUGUCAGAUAAUGUUUAUCACUUUCUCAGACUAAUAAAAGUCUCUUUGUCAUAAAAAGUUAUGAGCAACUGUUGCUUCUAGUACACUGCAAAAUAUGUUAAAGUGAAAUGAUCAGGUUACUGUGUAUGACUUGAAUUUUUUUAGAAGGAAUGUUUAUUCAUUUUGGUGCUUUAAUGAAUUAAAUAUUGAUUAAAAUUAA